CUUUGUCUUGUACGUAUCAAUAUUUGCGCAUACACAUUUAAAAAAGUCACUAUGUGAAACCCUUUGUUAUAUUUUAUUGUUAUGUUUUUCACACAUUUAGUACAAUUUCAUAUGGAAAAGGGACCUCUAUAUUCAGAUAUUCUAUAUUUUUACUUCUGCCAGAUCAAUUAAAGCAUUGCCUUUAGUUGACAAUUUGUAGUGUGAUUUUUGUUGUAAGUGUCAAGAAAGUUCACCCUACAUAAAUAUUUUCUGUAGAGCUUUUAAACAGACUUCUGUCAAACCUAAAAGGUUAAACAUUAAAAAAGCUCGUCAAAAUCCUGUUCCUGGUAUCCAGCAUACAACAUGGCCAAUAUUGACCAAGAACGAGAGGUUCGCCAGGACCGAGAACCAUACCAGAUUCAGUGGCUCAACUCUGCCUAUCAGCAGACCUUGCUGCCAACAGCACCUUGGCAUCAGAUAGAGGACCGUAUUUCCUUCAUCCUUGCCCAGCGGGUGGAGAAGCAGUUCUUGAAGCCUGAGAGGAAGGAAGCCCUGCUGCAGCUACUAGGGCAGGACUUUGUGGACAAAUACCUGCCCACUGCAAGGCGCAAUCCUUGGGUCCUAGAUAUGCCUCAGAUGACUCCAGAGGAAAAGAACAAGAUGCUGCGAGACGCCCAGGCCUAUCUCAACAGCCAGAUAUACAAGGCCACCAAUGAAGUCGGAUAUGAACACAUGACCAAUCCAAACCACCAAGGGAAUUUGGCUCCAGAGUAUUCUGUUUUCCUGCAGCACACCUAUGCAGUGUUCAAGACAGGCCUUGAUAGAGAGCUGUACAGACAAGAAAGAGAACUCACUAAUAAGAAACGACAACAGAUAGAGCUUGAGAAGAAAUAUGCAAUGAAAGUAGUUGCCCCGAGUCGCUUAAAGGCUUCCGGUGCCAGCACUGCCAGCAGUAUAGCCUCCUCCAAGAAACCAAGCACUGCUGCCAUUAAAGCACAGGUACAGAAAGUAGAGGGGGACCCACCCCCGCUCUGGGGGGCACAGAGUAACCACAUUGGCAAGUCUGUGCUGGCCAUUCUGCAGCAAGACCCGCGCAAGUUUGAGCAUGUUGCUGGCCGUCUCCAUGGGCGACAGUUGCCGGGCAGUCUAAGGGCGUACAUGUGGUCUGACGUGCUGUUUAGAGACGAGAGAAAAAGGCUUAAGGAAGUUGUUGUGGAGAAGGUUGUGCGAGAGAGGUUUGCUAAGGCGCUUACUCGUGGGAUUCAGGACCUGAAGAUCAACCGAGCAACCAGUUCCCCUAUCAAUGGCCUUAUUGAGAAUGCAGUCAUUGAGACAUACAGCAAGACAACCUGCCUGAUACCUUACAAGUCUCCAGAGCACAUGAAGGAGGCAGUACGGACACUGAAUGUGCUCUAUGUGUAUGACCGCAGCUAUGAGCCCUACCUAAUUCACUGGCUAUUCCCCCUGCAAAUUGCAUUUCAGUCGCAGGAAGUGAUUGACACAGACGUCAAGGAUGACAGAGGUGAAAAUGUCAUAGAGCUUGCCAUGUACUUGGACCUGCUCAACUCCCACCUGUUCCCAGCCUGGCCGGCUGUGUUUGCCAUCGCCGACCGCUCCUUAGAAGUCGUCAAGCUGGCCGAUCCUGACUUCUACAACCAUCUCAAGGCAAUCUCCAGAAUCAAUGUAAAGGUCAACCCCAAGGAGUUUCUAGUGCACCUGAUUCAUGAGGAGAAGCAGAAGGCCGAGUUGCUGUUGCAGAGCACACCAGGGGGUGAUAGGGAACAGGAGAUGUCUGCUGAACUGCUGGCUGACCCCCUCGUCUUCAUACGCAGGUGGAUUGGAGAGGGCUUCGUGAGUGCCCUUGAUGGGCCGAGCGUUAUGUACAUUUGGGACCAGUGUUUCCUGCAGGGCUGGUCCACCACUGUGAUACAGAACUUCUGUGUGGCCCUGCUUGAGCUACUGAGGCACAGGUUCAUGGAGGCACGAGACUACCUAGGAAUGAAAGAGGUGUUUCUAAAUGAGGGAUGCAAGCUGUAUACUGUUGAUCUCCAACAUUCCUGGAUUCACCUGGAGAAAGGCAACGACCCUGCUGACAUUCCAUAUCUUAACAGACAGAGGCCAAUAUCAGCAAGGCCAUUGUUGCAGAGUGGAUCCACUCCAGCCUCUCGUAUGAGUGUGGUAUCGUUCCCACAAUCAGAACCUGUACAGGGUAUCCUGUCCCCAUGUGGUGUGAAGGAUGUCAAACUGGAGAUGGUCAUACCCUCCGAGGUGCUUGCUAGGGAGCCCUGGCUGACCCGUGUGGACCCCAACUGCCUGAAGGUGAGCCUGGUGCUGUACUUUGGUGAGGUUAGACUACAGUCUCAUACCUCCAUCAUGCCUUCCAGCGUCCAGUCCACCACCCAGGACGCCUAUGGAAACACUGUAUACCAGAUUGUGUAUCCAGAAGACCGGUUUGUGUACCGAGACAUCGAUCUCGCUCCCUACGACUUGGAGCGCGAGUUUGGCUCCCAUAUCUAUGCCAUCCUUCGUGUGGAGUACCAGUUCAAUGAUCCAGCCAUGAAAGGCAAGCAGGCUGUUCCGGUGGGCUGGGCACGUAUCCCAAUGUUCACCCGUCAGAAGUCUGACGAUGCAGCAUCAGUGAAUUCGAUAGUGGGCAUCAGCUGGAGCCUGCAGGAGGGCGAGAAGACAGUGGUGUUACAUCCGGGUGAAGUCCCAGACAGUGUCAUCUCCUCCGAGCCCAUUGUGCCUGCCGUGUAUAACAAGCCAGAGGAAGGUGCUAUUCUUGGCUACAACUCCAAGCUCAGCCUAACCAUCUAUGACCCCAAGAAUGAGCCACGGGGCAAGUAUGGCCCUGCAAUCCCCCAGCAGGUGGCCCCUAGUGACACACGGAAACCAUCCCCAGCCCCUAUUCCCAGUCCAAGGCAUGUAAGUCCAGGUCCCAUCCAGCCCACCCCAGCUCCACGUCCAGUGUCCACAGCAGAGCCGUGGGUCCCUUACCGAAAGGAGGCAGCCAAGGGGAACCCUAAACCAACAGGUCUCAAGGACGCCAUAGAUCUCUACAUUGACAGUGUGCGCUUCAUACCAGACAACGCAUCUAUUAUCAAGGUCACUGGGAGAGUUCUGCGCACAGGAUCCAUUGGGAACAUAGAGGACGUGUUUGCCCUCCCUGACCUCAACAGCUCUGCCCGCAGUCCCACGUUCAACUACCGCCUGCCAAUCAACCUGAACAAGAAAGAUGCAGAUGCUGGCAUGCUGGCGUUCCUAAGAGUCUACACCGUUGAUACGGUUGACGAUACAGUGGUUGUGAUAGGCAGCUGCCUUGUGCCUUUCUUCAUUAACAAGAAACUGCGUGUAGGUGGUUUCCAGUACAGACUGCACAAUGGCAUGCCUGUUUUGGCCGAGCCUAUAGGCAUAUCAGGCAUCAAGCCGACAGACCUGGACACUGUGCCCUUCAUCCCCGGGGCCUCUCUGCUGCUCAGAAUUCUCCCUCACACAGAGGUGGCGGCCCCAUAUCCGGGCUAUUCCUCUGGCUACUUUGAGAGUGCUGAGUGCAAACCUAAUGUGUCAGAGUACCGGAUAUUUGGCAGCUAUUCGGAGCACAUGAACUAUCCAGCGUCUGUCCGGGAGAUGAUUCAGCGGGUAUUAGAGGCUGAAGGGACACAGUCACUUGGUCAGACAGACACCAGUCUCCUAGAUUGGCUGCAGGACCGCCUAGAUAUCCGUCGUCAACUAUCUGCUGGUCAGCCAGCUGAGAACUUCACCAUCACCAGGUGUGUACGCUACCGCCGCAAAAUGGGCCUUGCUGUCAGUAUCAAACAGGUGUUUGGAAUGCCAGAGGGCCUGUACAUCCAGAGCUUUGCACGCAUAUGUCCCGGUCAGCUGGUGCUGGGUAUGACUCCCACCAGUGAGGGAGUAGCAGCAGAGGAGAAGUUUGUCACUCUACAGCACAAUUAUGAAAGCUUUCAGACUGCACAAGAGUGGACAGACGAACCUACUGUGCUGCACCCGUACUAUGACCAGCACUCGUGCCUGGUGGUGCAGCUGUUUGGCCUGGAGGUGGUGUACCACCCAAGUGACAACCAGUCGGAGCCCGGCAAUGUCACCGACCCCCAGGGUCAGCCCCUCACCCUGGAGAAUGAUGACAGAAUCAUUGGCUGGACUGUGCUGCCACUCUUUCAAGGAAACCAUGCAGAUAGUGUAGUAGGGAACUCUGUGUUGGUGGGUACCCAUCAUGUGCCAAUACUGAAGGGUAAGCCAACAGCCGAGUUGCUGGAGCAGCUAACCAGGAACCCCUGUGAGCAGGUGCUCAAUGCACAGACCUGGACCAACAGGACCAAAUAUGUCUCUGGCAGUAUGCAAAUCACAAUCUGGGAUGGACAUUUUGACUUUGCUGAAAUUCCCGAGUUGCCACUCUAUGAGUACUUGCUUGAAGCGGUGGGACCUAUGGCAGAUUACCGCAAAGCUCGAAACCCAGGCACGGGAAAAACCAUGAACAGCUUCAUCCUGGACUCGCUGGAGCCCAAGUACAAGAAGCAGGGGACCAGUGGAGCAGUGUUCCUCAAGGAGAGGGGCUUCUUUAAAGAGCUCAUGGAGAGAACCUUCUAUGAACUCAUGGAAUAUAUUGUAAGCCAAGAGAGCCCUGUUCUGUCACCAGAUUUCUGUAAGAAUAGGAAAGUGCUCUGAUGACGGCCGGCUAUGGACCGCUGUAGUCUAGAGUCAUCUGGACUAUCGCCCAGCAACUACAUGUGUCCUGCUAUAGACUGAAAACAAUGAUAUGCGAAGAUGUGAUAAGGCUUAUUACACAAAUGUGAAAGUUGAGACACAAAUUGUGUACUUUUAUCCUCAAUAAUGUUUUGCUAUGUACAAUAAUUUUAGUACAAAACUGAAGAUGAUCAUGUGUACUUCAAAAUAUUUUUUAAUUUGAUAUCAUGUGAUUGUGUGUUUUUAGGAACGACACCUUCAGUAACUUGUUUAUGAAAAAUGCUUUUUUUUAACGUGUUCACCUUCUUUCACCGAAUAGAUACCCAUGCACUUCCAUAAAUAUUACAUGCAACAGAGAACAAAUUUUAGGCCGAAAUUUUACUACUGUUAUUUUUGGAAAAAAUACAUUUAUUUAAGGUGAAUGUUACAACUUAAAAUACCGUUUAUUUUAAAGUGAUAUGUUAAUUAAUUUGGUUGUAGGAUAAAUAAGCUCAUCUAUAACCUUACUAUGUUUGAUGUACAUGUAUCUGAUUUAAACUUUCUUCCAUAAAGAACGUUCUUAUUGAUAAAAAGUGUGAGUAUAUUUACAAUACCGGGUAUAUACCAUGCGUUAGACUAUAACAAAUAGUAUUUGCUAUCUCACUUAAUGUUUGCUCUUUAUUUAUAAUAUAAUAAUUAGAAUUGUGAAGGGCACAGAUGCCACCUCCAAAGCUCUAUAUUUGAAUGUGGUUUGUUUACCUAACAUAAUGUAAACAGUUACUACAGCAUUUAUCAACCAUUCUACAUGUAACUGUUGCUGCUUAUACAACCAAUUUCACACGUUUUUACUAUAAGCAUGCACAAUAGUUGGUUCUUAAAACAUGUUGUAUUGAAAUGAUUAAACAUUUUGUCAAAUUGCUUUUAAUAGCAUCUAAUACUAUUAAUUGUAAUGACUAUGCACUAUCUUCAAUGGUUGCUUUGACUGUGUAGCGACCGUCAUGGUAGUUCUCGUGACACAUUUUUUAUAUAUAAUGAUAUUUUAAAGAGAAUUUAUUUCGGAAUCUCAUUGUGCGCGACAUUGUCACUUUAUACAUAUGAGACAUAUGAACACGUUUUGUUACCGUUCAGCCUCUUUUUGUGACAUCCUUAAUGACUUGGUGUCCAACUUUAAUUGUAAAAUAAGCAUGCAUUGAUUUGAUAAAUGUCUACUGCAGUGUCAAGCCCACAUCAAUUAAUUACAUUUUCAGAAAGGAGAAGGAAAACGUUACAGGAGUUAGCAAAAAAUAUGAGAUUUUAUAUGCACAUUAAGAAGUGAUUAAGCACUGGAAGACUAACCGGCUACGGUUGUUUUAAUACAAAUGAGUUUUCCUUUUCCACUUUCAAUACCUAUGUUUGGUGCAAACCUUCUUUUAUUGUAAUGGAAACUUAUACAACAAAUAUUUGUUGUAACAAAAUUAAGGGUUAUAUUUUACUUAAAACAUUGGUUAUGUUACUGGACAACAAAUUAGUAAAAAAACACCUGUGAACCUUCUAUAUGAGCUUUUGUGAUUGCCAUUUGUGCGUCCUGCGGCGUCAACAUUUGCCAUGUUAACACUCUAGAGGCCACAUUUAUUGUCCGAUCUAUAUGAAACUUUGUCAAAAGAUUUGUCCCUAUGAUGUCUUCAACGAGUUCAAAAGUGAAUCGGAUUGGUUGAAAAACCAAGGGGUGUGGCAUUUUUCCUUACAUGACUAUAAUAAAACCUUGUUAAUUCUC